AUUCCGAUGUUGUGUAAUAUUGGAGGGCAGAUUGUGGAGUCGGCAGUUCUUCUUUCCGGGAAAUCUGGGGUGACUCGGAAGACUCCUCGGUCUUCUCCGCAGUCCCUCUGGGAAAAUCGGACGGAGAAGAUCUGGCAGAGGCGGGAGUGCUCGGGGUCUAGAAGACAAAGAUGGAGAACGAUCUCCAGAGUCUGUACUUAUCGGAGGAAAAGGGUCCAGUCAGCAGAGGACUGCGGUGGUUCGAUCGGCCGGUUUCCUCUCGUCUCAUCGUUCUUCUGGUCGGUGUCUGUGCCGGACUCAUCAUCAUAAACAUUGUGGUCACCGCCUCCAGCCGAGGUUCUCGGGGUACUGAAGGCUCCUCUUCAGAUGGUGAAUACAGCGAAGGACAGGAAACUGGGAGAGAUGGAACCCCGAUAUCGGCAUUCAGGAGGGGGACACCCAAACUUCCACCAGAAAACGAGACCUAUGAUGGCGCCUGUCCUGAUGAUUGGACCGUGUUCCGAGGGAGCUGCUACUACUUCUCCAAUCUGGCUAAAUCCUGGACGGAGGCCCAAACCAUGUGCCAGAGGAGAAAGGCCAGACUGACCGCCGUCAACACCCAGGAGGAGCAGGUUUUCCUGACAAAGUUUGCCAUGAAGACACGGGUCUGGAUUGGGCUGAGUGAAAUUGACGGGGAUUGGAAAUGGGUGGAUGGUACCCCAUUUUCCUCCACACCAAAGAAAUGGGCCCCCGGCCAGCCGGAUGAGUUUUAUGGUCACGGUCUCGGUGGUGGAGAAGACUGCGCUCAGUUCAAUUACAGCGGUGAAUGGAACGAUGAGCAUUGUAACCGCGCCUACCGCUACAUCUGUGAGAAGAAGGCGGUGCAGUGAUCAAAUCCCGCAGGGACAAUCCAGGGGCCGAAAACUGACUGCCAAGUCAUAUCCAAGACCUGGAGAUCGGGCUGAACAUGACGUCAGAAUGCUACAAAAUGAUCUCACAGUUCAAUUCUCUCAUUUUAUUUUUAGUUGUCCUCAGAGUACCCCAUAACAUGAGGAACCUCCUCGGGGGUGCCAUAGGUUGAGGGUUCCUCUCUGUCCCGGGCUCUGUAUAUUACCGUCAGACUAACAAGCCACAUUUGUGUUGAAUGCCGAUGUCUAUGCUCACCGAUACUUUGGUAAGGGCUUCCUGUAUACCCGACAGAUCUGGUUGUUCCACUCGCUCACACCUCCAUUAAAGUUUGAUAAGAAUCAAUA